CUCUAUGUGUAUUAUAUGGGCAAACAACUGCAGUGUUCAGCAAGUGUUCAUAAUUCAGGAUCAUCUACUCAGGAUCAGGUACUGAUCUUCUCUGCACCAGCAGUUCUCUUCCAGUUGGAAGGAAUCUACCGAUCAGCAAUGGCUGCUGAGUCUCCCCGUCGCCCAAGCCGAUGUACUGGAGGAGCGGUGGUUCGUCCACAGGCUGUCACAGAACAGUCGUAUAUGGAAAGUGUUGUUACCUUUCUGCAAGAUGUCGUACCACAGGCCUACAGUGGUACAACUCCUACAGAAGAAAAAGAGAAAAUUGUAUGGGUCAGAUUUGAAAAUUCUGACUUGAAUGAUACCUCAAGGAAUGUAGAAUUGCACGAGAUGCACAGCACUGGCAAUGAGCCUCCUUUGCUGCUCAUGAUUGGCUACAGCGAUGGGAUACAGAUAUGGAGCAUACCUAUCAGCGGUGAGGCUCAGGAACUUUACUCCAUCCGACACGGCCCUGUCCGAGCUGCCCGGGUUCUGCCAUCACCACAGAUUAGUCCUCAGAAGAGUGAUAACUUUGCUGAGAAGAGGCCUCUCCUUGCUGUGUGUAGCAUUGGAUCUUCUGGCACCAGCCCUCCUUACUGUUGCGUAGACCUCCAUUCUUUGCGAACUGGUGAAAUGGUAAAAUCCAUACAGUUCAAAACGCCCAUCUAUGACCUGCACUGCAACAAAAGGAUCCUUGUUGUCGUCUUACAGGAGAAAAUUGCUGCCUUUGACAGCUGCACCUUCACCAAAAAGUUCUUUGUCACAAGCUGCUAUCCUUGUCCAGGGCCAAACAUGAACCCCAUAGCUCUAGGAAGCCGGUGGCUGGCUUAUGCAGAAAAUAAGCUGAUCCGGUGCCAUCAGUCUCGGGGUGGGGCCUGCGGAGACAACAUCCAGUCGUACACUGCCACAGUCAUCAGUGCAGCCAAAACCAUAAAAACCGGGCUCACCAUGGUUGGGAAAGUCGUGACCCAGCUGACAGGCACUCUGCCAUCAGGAGCGACAGAAGAAGAAAUCUUAGCUCACAGCAAUACCCGACGCAGUCCCUUGGUUCCCGGGAUCGUCACGGUUAUCGAUACUGAGGCGGUUGGAGAAGGCCAGGUGCUGGUAAGCGAGGACUCGGACAGCGAUGGCAUUGUGGCUCACUUCCCAGCACAUGAGAAGCCCAUCUGCUGCAUGUCUUUCAACCCUAGUGGUAUGCUACUGGUUACGACAGACACGCUGGGCCACGAUUUCCAUGUUUUCCAAAUCCUGACCCACCCCUGGUCAUCUUCGCAAAGUGCCAUCCAUCACUUGUACACGUUACACCGCGGGGAGACCGAAGCCAAAGUGCAGGACAUUUCCUUCAGCCACGACUGCCGCUGGGUGGUGGUCAGCACUCUUCGGGGCACGUCCCAUGUCUUCCCCAUCAACCCAUAUGGAGGGCAGCCUUGUGUCCGCACACACAUGUCACCAAGGGUUGUCAACCGAAUGAGCCGCUUCCAGAAGAGCGCUGGGCUGGAGGAGAUUGAGCAGGAGCUGACGACCAAACAAGGAGGUCGCUGUAGUCCCGUCCCGGGGCUAUCCAGCAGCCCGUCUGGCUCCCCUCUUCACGGUAAAUUGAAUAGUCAAGACACUUACAACAAUUUCACCAACAAUAACCCUGGGAACCCUCGCCUUUCUCCACUUCCCAGCCUGACUGUGGUAGUUCCUCUUGCUCAAAUCAAGCAGCCCAUGACUUUAGGAACCAUCACCAAACGCACAGGACCCUACCUGUUUGGAGCAGGAUGUUUUUCCAUAAAAGCUCCGUGCAAAAGCAAGCCAGCUCCGCAAAUUUCACCCAGCAAAUCAGUGGGAGGAGAAUUCUGUGUGGCUGCCGUCUUUGGGUCGUCGAGGUCGUGGUUUGCAAGCAAUCCAGGUCUGAAAAGGGAGAAAGAUCAGUCCAAACAGUUUGUCGUGGAGUCUCUCUACAUCAUCAGCUGCUACGGUACUUUGGUGGAGCAUGUGCUGGAACCGCGGCCCCUCAGCACUGCCCCAAAGAUAAGCGACGACACCCCACUGGAAAUGGUGACUUGUCCAAGGGCCAGCUGGACGCUCGUCAGAACUCCCCAGUGGACUGAACUGCAGCCGCCCUUUAACUUGAAUCAUCCGCUGCUCCUGGCCGCAGAUUCCGUGCAGUGCUACCAGUAUCUGCUCGUCGGCUUGGUUCCUCUGGGAAGUCCAGGACCAAUCACACGGCACGAAUCUUACGACAGCUUAGCAUCCGACCACAGUGGGCAAGAAGAUGAAGAGUGGCUUUCUCAGGUUGAAAUUGUGACUCACACCGGACCUCACCGGCGCCUGUGGAUGGGCCCGCAGUUCCAGUUCAAGACCAUCCACCCCUCAGGCCAAACCACAGUCAUCUCAUCCAGCUCUUCAGUGCUCCAGUCACACGGCCCUAACGAUACCCCACAGCCUCUCCUGGACUUUGAUACGGAUGACCUGGAUCUCAACAGUCUCAGGAUCCAGCCUGUUCGCUCUGAACCCGUUAGCAUGCCGGGGUCGUCACGUCCAACUUCUGAUCGCCGAGGAAUUUCUACAGCGGCCGAUGCUACCUCAGGUGCCUUUGACCGGAGCAUGACCCUCCUGGAAGUCUGCGGGAGUUGGCCCGAGAGCUUUGGCCUCCGCCACCUGUCUUCCAUGGAACAAACCGACGAAGGCCUCCGGGAACGGCUGGCUGACGCCAUGUCUGAGUCGCCCGGUCGGGACAUAGUGGGAUCUGGAACAGAGCUACAGCGAGAAGGAAGCAUCGAGACGCUCAGCAAUAGCUCAGGCUCCACCAGCGGAAGCAUUCCACGCACCUUCGACGGAUACCGGUCGCCUCUCCCGACCAACGAGAGCCAGCCAUUGAGCCUCUUCCCAACAGGCUUCCCGUAAGCAACUCCCGGCGUUCCUGAAGCAAAAUAACAAUAAUCCUGAAGGCCAACGACAUGAUGCGCUGAAUAAACUCUUGAUGUGCGUUCACCCCAGUGGCUGGCUCCGAUGCUGGGUGGUUCUUGUCACCCUAACCAACACCACAUCUGCUUUCUGCACUUCCAGAACUGUAUGAACAAAUUUCUGAUUUGCUGCAUCGUGCAAUAUAUAAACGAGACUCUCCUCUUUUAAUCCUAAUGGCUUUUCUAGUACAGGGAAAUGGCUGUUUCAAAUAAGUAUUUUAAGCAACUUUUAUGUUCUUGUAACCAUAAUCUGCUUCCCCACUCCGCGCAUCAUCCGUAAACCUCAGAUGAGGGAAACAUCUGUGGCCCAGCAGCUGUUGCAGGACUUCCAUCUGCCCCAGCCAGCGCAAUCAGUGAUCAGGGAUGAUGGGAGUUGUAGUCCAGCAAUGUCCAGAGAGCCACAGGGUUACCUACCCUUGGCAAAAGGAGACUUGCGUCUCUAAACCUGAAUUCACUGCUAGCCUUCAUUUUGUAACAAUUAAAGCUGCUACCCCUAUUUGGGAAAUGGCGUCGUAAUUCUGAAGAAUGAGGCCCAUAUAAAUUGAGGCUGUCAGCAUGCAACACUUUGCAAAUGUAUGAAACAGUGACAGAUUGAUUACUGGAAGGGGACAUAUUGGAGGAUGAGCUCCAAAGGGGACACUGCUUUCUUUGCAAUACUGAUCUUGUUUCUUCAUCCCUCCUCCCCGGCAAGAUUUUAAAUUGAUACCAGGAGUAUUACAAGCAAAG